AUGUUUUUUUCAAUUUUAACAAAGAUAUGGAUUAAUCCUACGCUACCGCAAUCUACUGAGUUUAAAUCCAGAUUCCUGGCAGUACGUCAAUCAAACUUUGAGCGGAUCACCCAAACAAGUUCACAGCAAAGUUACUCUGUUAGAGAUGAGUUAGACAAAGGAAUUGUACUGUUUAAAACUAUUAGGGAUUUAGUUCAGUGUACGGAGGAAUGUAGCUAUUGGAUUACGGCAAAAUUGGUGAAUUUGGAACUUGACCGGGGAUGGUCAUACUUGGCAUGCAACAAGUGUACUAGAAAGGUUGACAAAGUUGGUACUACAUACUUUUGUAAGAAAUGCAAUGAAGAAGCAUCUUCUAUUACUCACAGGUAUAGGCUUCAAGUUCGUGUUAUGGAUGGAACCGUUUUUAUCUUAUUAUUGCUUUGGAAUCGCGAUGCUAUGCAGCUUAUAGGGAAGUCCGCAAAAGAACUUAAGGAAGGAUUAGUUGAGACCUCAAUUGCGGAUGCUGAUUGUUCUUAUCCAACUGAACUGGACGAUAUUGUUUAUAAAAAAUUCAUGUUCAAGGUUAUUGUUAAGAAAGAGAAUAUUGAGUCACAGGUCGAAAUCUACAAUGAUUUUAAGAUUAUUGAUGAUGAUGAACUUCUGGAGGAAUACGACAAAUUCGACGACACUAUCACAUUUUUUGAUGGACAAAGCUCAAGUGGAGAGAAGAUUUUCGAGGUAAAUUUCAUGAAAUUAAAACUUUUAUAA